UCCUUUGGUUUUCACAACGAUGGAAUGCGAAAGCAUGGCGAACGUUUGUAGCAACAAGGCAGACAUCGCCUUCUACGUCGACGUAUCAGGGAACCUUGGGCAGAGUAACUUGGAGCGAGUGAUCGAGUACAUUCUCAAGUUUUUAGACAGAUCUGACGUCGCUCAGGACAAGAACCGAGUUGCUGUUGUCGGGUACGAUGUUGUCCCACACAUCAAGCUGACGCUCCAGGGGAGCGCAUUUUUAUCAAACACCGACAUUCGAAAGAUCAUCCAAACCCAACUAAAGUUCUCUGACAAGUCAACACGAACCGACCUUGCAUUAGAAAGCGCGCUAAGCUUGUUCCAGAGGGAGCAGAGGAGUGGAGUCCCAAAGACCUUGGUCAUUAUCACGGACGGGAGAAGCUGGUACGAUGACUCAGUGAUGGACGCGGCUAUCGCAGGUCUCAAGGCCUUGGGCGUGAAAACUCUGGCAGUCGCUGUUGGAAGUGAUUCGGUGCUUGACUUGGAUAAACUCCAGUUGCUCUGCGGAACACUCGACAACGUCAUUAAAGUCGCGGAUUACGAAAGUCUGCUCGCUUCCGCUAAUACCACAUUCAACAAGGUGGUCUAGACGGCCUGUGUGCUGCUAUAAACCAUGCCUUGGGCGUGAAAACUCUGGCAGUCGCUGUUGGAAGUGAUUCGGUGCUUGACUUGGAUAAACUCCAGUUGCUCUGCGGAACACUCGACAACGUCAUUAAAGUCGCGGAUUACGAAAGUCUGCUCGCUUCCGCUAAUACCACAUUCAACAAGGUUUUCUAGACGGCCUGUGUGCUGCUAUAAACCAUGUAAGGUAUCUUAGGUAUCACGUGACCUUUUGAGUGGCAAUUCGCGGACUCCGAAUCACUUCAGUGUUUAGGGAUCAGCCAGAGAAACGCUUGUUUGUAGGCUGAAUGUGAGCUGCCAAUAUAUAUUUUUAGUCGGUCCAGGUCAUACGAACCCCUGAAAACCCCAGUUUCUCUCAGAGUUCGAGUUAGUGGGGUUCUAAUGUAUUUUGACUUUGCUCAUAAUUGUAGGAUUCUCUCGCGCAAACGAGACUCCACCAUUGAUGUAUUCUUGGUUCAUGUCUGCCAUCAAAA